GAGGAAGGCUCUCGUGAGAACACUUACUUACGGUGAGAACACUUACUUACGGUGAGAACACUUCCUUACGGUGAGAACACUUUCUAUAAUGGCAUUAUCGUAAUUUUUAUAAACAAAUACCCAAUUUGAUUAUUAUUUCCCCAUAUUUUUUUUCAUAUUUUCGGUGCUCUUUCUCUCUCUUCAAUUCCUCUCUCUCUUCCGUUUUGGAACACCACCACCAUCCGGCGAUUUUCAGUCGUAGCCACCACCGCAUUCGGCCAUUGCAGCUCUACCUCCGACCGUUGCCUCUCGAUAAUCGUCGCUCGCCGGUCGUUAUUUCAUUAUUUCUGGUGCUCAUCAUCUCUCUUCAAUUCCUCUCUCUCUCUUUUUCGAACACCACCAACUUUUAGCCACGCCUCUCGCUGCCGCCGCCGCCACCGCUGCUCCCUCUCGCCGGUGGUUGUGGUUCGCGAAUCAGGUAAACACAAUUUUCAGUUCAGCAAUUCUCAUUCGAUCCUUCGAAAUCGAAAUCGAGUUUAAUCCGCUCUCUUCUCGAUCUGUUUGGUUAACCUGAUUCAAAUAAUUAGAAAUUAAAAUCUAUUUCAAAAAUUAGAAAUUAAAAUCGAUUUCAAAAAUUAAAAAUUAAAAUCGAUUUGAAUCGAUUUCUCAAUUCCAAAAUUAAAAUCGAUUUUCAGGAGUUUCAAUCUCGCCGGUCGCCGGUCGUAGCAAGUCGGCGCCGCUCAUACCUCACCGGCGACGUUGACGUCUCCUCCUUCCUCCUCCAAUUCCUCAAUUUAUCCGAAUUCAUGUUUUAAAUUAAUCCGAAAUUUAUCCGGAUUCAUGUUCUAAAUUUCAAUAUUUAUCCGGAUUCAUGUUCUACAUUCCAAUUCCAAUUCCUCAAAUCAGAAUGAUGUUCUAAAUUUAUACGGCGACUCAGUCGAAUGAGGGUGGAGUGGCGGUGAAGAUGGAGGUAGAUGUUGAGGAGAGAGACAGAGAGACGACUGUGAGGGAGUUUGGAGAGCUGUAGUAAAGUUUGGAGAGGUUUAUGAGCUGGAAAUUAAACAGGAAUGGAAUUGGAGAAGUAGAGGAUAUAGUUGGCUAAAGAAUUGGAGCUUUAGAGUCAGAUUAGAACAUGCUUGAAUUAAUUUAGAACACGAGCUUAAAUUUUUAGAACAUGUAUAUAUGUUUAUGUGUUGACUAGGUUCUCAUGUUCUAAAUUUAGAACAUGCUUGAAUGGAUUUAAAACAUGCUUGAAUAAGUUUAGAACAUGCUUGAAUAAAUUUUAAAUACAAUGAAUAAAGUUAGAACAUGCUGAAAGUUUGAAUAAAUUUAAAACUUGCUUGAAUAAAUUUAGAACAUGUUUGAAUGGAUUUAGAACAAGCUUGAAUAAAUUUAGAACGUGGUUGAAUAAAUUUAGAACAUGCUUGAAUAAAUUUAGAACAUCGUUGAGUAAAUUUAGAACAUGCUUGAAUAAAUUUAGAACAUGCUUGAAUAAAUUUAUAACAUGCUUGAAUAAAUUUAGAACGUGGUUGAAUAAAUUUAGAACUUGGUUGAACAAAUUUAGAACAUCGUUGAAUAAAUUUAGAACAUGCUUGAAUAAAUUUAGAACAUGCUUGAAUAAAUUUAGAACGUGCUUGAAUAAAUUUAGAACAUGAGCUUACAAAAUUUAGAACAUGGUUGAAUAAUUUUAGAACAUGCUUGAAUUAAUCUAGAACAUGAGGUUAAAAAUUUAGAAUAUGGUUGAAUAAUUUUAGAACAUGCUUGAAUUAAUCUAGAACAUGAGGUUAAAAAUUUAGAAAAUGGUUGAAUAAAAUUAAAACAUGCUUGAAUAAAUUUAGAACAUGGAUGAACCAAUUUAGAAUAUGGUUAAAUAAGCUUAGAACAUGGUUGAAUAAAUUUAGAACAUUAGUUUGAAAAUUUAGAACAUGCUUGAAUAAAUUUAGAACAUGAGCUUACAAAUUUAGAACAUGGUUGAAUAAUUUUAGAACAUGCUUGAAUUAAUCUAGAACAUGAGGUUAAAAAUUUAGAACAUGGUUGAAUAAUUUUAGAACAUGCUUGAAUUAAUGUAGAACACGAGGUUAAAAAUUUAGAACAUGGUUGAAUACAAUUAAAACAUGCUUGAAUAAAUUUAGAACAUGGCUGAACCAAUUUAGAAUAUGGUUAAAUAAGUUUAGAACAUGGUUGAAUAAUUUAGAACAUGAGUUUGAAAAUUUAGAACAUUGUUAAACAAAUAUUGAACAUAGAGAGUGUAAAAGUGUUCUCACCAUAAGAAGUGUUCUUACAUAAGGAGGUGUUCUCACCGGAUCCCUCCCCUAUAUAUAGAAAGGCUCCCGUAAGAACACUUCUUACGGUGAGAACACUUCUUAUGGUAAGAACACUCUCUAAACCGUAGGAUGAAAUCAAAUCUAACCGCCCAAAUUUAAUACGAGAGUAAGGGCAUGUUCGUAAUUUCAGGCAACCCCCUUCUUCUUCCUCGUCGGCAUUUUCUCUCUCUCUAAACUCUUCCUGCUCUCCACUCCUCACAACUUUCUCUCUCUUCUCUCUUCAAUGGCGGGUGAUUUUGCCCCAAAAUUUCCCGGCGAUUGCUUCUCGUCGCCGCCACCAACAUCCGACCAUUGCCGUUGCUCACCUCUCUCCGUCGUUGCUCACCUCACUCCGCCGCCGCUGUUCGCCUUUCGCCGUCGCCGGUCGAAGCAAUUCAAACGCCGCAAUUCAUUCGCCGCCGGUCGCAGCAAUCCAAUCACAUCAAUUCAAUCGCCGCCGCUACUCGGAGCAAUUUAAUCGCCUCAAAUAUCAAUCGCAAUUCAUCCAGUAAGAAUACCUUCCUCAUCGCGAUCGAUUAUCCGGUAAGAACACCGGCCUUCCUCCUUUAAUUCAUCAAUCGGUUAAUUAUCAAAUCUCAAUCGCAAAUUCUUAAUAGGCAUUUUCGAUUUGUUAUUCGAAUAAAAUCUUACCAAAUAGUUUUAGCAAAUUUGAACCAAAGAUCGUCGUGUUCCUGGUGGUUACGAUUAGUACUACAGAUCAGUGUUGGUGAUUUGCCGGUGUUGCUGGUGGCCGCGAAUCUGAUCCGUGAAUUAGUUUUGGUGAUUUCUCGUGAUUCGCUAGUGUAGUUGGUGAUUUCUCAUGAUUCGCCGGUCUGUGGUGGUGCUGAGCGAGGCAGCGAAUCCUAGCUCUUCCGAACCAGCAGUGGUGGCGGCAACGGCGGAGUCAGAAGCACAAUCAUGAACCUUUUUUUUAUUUUCAGUUUAAAAUUAGACAUAAUUAUCAAAAUUUAUUCACUCGUAUUUUUUAUCAAUUUCUGAAUAUUUGCAAUAAAUUUAGAACAUGUUUGAAUAAAUUUAUAACAUGCUUAAAUAAAUUUAUAACACACUUUAAUGGAUUUAGAACAUUGUUCAAUAAAUUUAGAACAUGCUUGAAUAAAUUUAGAACACGCAUGAAUAAAUUUAGAAAUGCUUGAAUAAAUUUCGAAACAUGAUUGAAUAAAGUUAGAACAUGUUUGGAUACAUUUAGAAAGCUUGAAUAAAUUUAUAACGUGCUUAAUAAUUUUAGAACAUGCUUUGAAUGAAUUUAGAAUGUGAGCUUAAAAUUUUAGAACAUGUAUAUAUGUAUAUGUGUGGACUAGGUUCUCAUGUUCUAAAUUUAGAACAUUGUUGAAUAAAUUUAGAACAUGCUUGAAUAAAUUUAGAACAUGGUUGAACAAAUUGAAAACAUCGUUGAAUAAAUUUGGAACAUGCUUGAGUAAAUUUAGAACAUGAACUUGAAAAUUUAGAACAUGGUUGAAUAAUUUUACAACAUGCUUGGAACAUGAGCUUGAAAAUUUAGAACAUGCUUGAAUAAAUUUAGAACAUGCUUGAAUAAAUUUAGAGCAUGGUGAAAAAAUUCGGAAUAUCGUUGAAUAAAUUUAGAACAUGUUUGAAUUAAUUUAGAACAUGAAUUUGAAAAUUUAGAACAAGGUUGAAUAAAUUUAGAACAUGCUUGAAUAAAUUUAGAACAUGGUUGAAUAAAUUUAUAACAUGUUUAAAACUUUUGAACAUGCUUGAAUUAAUUUAGAACAUGAGCUUGAAAUUUUAGAACAUGUAUAUAUGUAUAUGUGUUGACUAGGUUCUCAUGUUCUAAAUUUAGAAUAUUGUUUAAUAAAUUUAGAACAUGGUUGAACGAAUUUAGAACAUGCUUGAAUAAAUUUAGAACAUGAGAUUUAAAAUUUAGAACACGAUUGCAUAAGUUUAGGACAUGCUUGAAUUAAUUUAGAACAUGUGCCUAAAAAUUUGGAACAUGGUUGAAUAAAAUUAAUAAAUUUAGAACAUGGUUGAACAAAUUUAGAACAUCGUUGAAUAAAUUUAAAACAUGAGCUUGAAAAUUUAGAACAUUGUUGAACAAAUUUAGAACAUAGUUGAACAAAUUUUUAACAUGGUUGAACAAAUUUUGAACAUGUUUAAACAAAUAUAGAACAUGGAGAGUGUAAAAGUGUUCUUACCGUAAGAAGUGUUCUUACCUAAGGAGGUGUUCUUACCGAUAAAGGAAAAUUUCCCCAAGUUACAUAAAAUAUCUAAUUGUCUAACCGGUUAAUUUCGAUAAAUAAUACACCCUCUGUUUUUUUUUGUUAGGUUACACUUUAAGUUUUGUUGUCAAAGUUUGAAAACUUUGACUUUUCUCAUUAUUACAAGUACGGAAAUAUUAUGUUUGUGAAUUGCGAUAUUGUUGGAUACUUAUCAAUAUGCAUUUUUAAAUUAUCAACUUUAAAAAAAAAUAAGAAAAAAUCAUACAUGAAUGUUAUUAAAUUUAUUAGUGGUCAAAUUAAUCUAUGUUUUGAGGACCGUGAAAAACAAAGUCUAAUCAACGCAAAUAAAAUAGAGAGAUUAUUUGAUUGCCUAACAUACUAAUCUAUACUACUCCGUACAUAUUAAAAAGUGUUUAUAAUCAGUUCAUCUGCCGCGUGGCUCUCUCCCUCGUUUAAAGGGUCGUCUUAUCUGAUGCAUUUACAUACACAUAUACAAUAAAAAAGAAUACAAGUAGAAAUAUUGUUUAUACAAGACUUGAACCCUUGACCUCAAAUUUCAAACAAUAAAAACUUAUCCCCAAGCUAUAAAUCAUAUAGAAAAGGUCUUGCACGCACAAGGUGUACAAUAAAUUUAUUGUACACCAGAAUAACUUUUACCCAGUGUAACUCCCUGACCUCUAUUUCAAGUAAUUAAGAUGCGGUAUUUUCCUAAUUCGGUCAGGACAUUACCUGCCGUAACUAACAUUCCAUCAUGAGGCAAUAAUAACAUGUCAUGUAGUUUAUGAUAGGCUUCUAUGGGUAGUUAUUUGCGCCUGGCUUGGUACCGCUUCUAUCGUAGAUCCAACACAUGCCCCGGUCGAGGUAUGUAGUGUCUUCAGCAGACGAAUUUCGCUCAAGAGGCCAACCCGCAAGUGCAAGCCAAGGGGGCAUGCAGGCGAGAGGGACCUAAUGAGCGAGCGAUUGGGUUUGGGACGGGUGUACUACUAGCAAAAGUGCCGAGUGGACAACAUUCGAAGCGUAUGCACCCCCCGGUUGGCGAUGGGUAUCCUUAGUCCCAACUCCCAAGAUGAAACACCAAGGGAGCCAAGAUUCGUUAUGCGGUUCUGUCCGUUCACAUUAAUAUGCUGAUUUUCAGGUCGUCCCAACUUGAUUGGGAAAUAAACGCGGGGUAAGAUCGUUCCACCCUUCGGCUAUUUUGAUUACCUACAAGCACGAGUAUUUCCUUCACUAUCCCCAGUGAAGUCGCCACUGUGAGGGGGUCGAAAAAGCACGAGGCUAAUGCGUGACCUCGUCCCUCGUGGGUGUGACAUUGCUAACCCUCUAAUCUCUAUAUAAAAGACAAGCAACACCACACACCUUCCUAGUCUCAUGUUUAGCUAACUCCUAUACACCAUCUAAAACAUCAUAUCCAAUUGUUAACAAUGGAUAACCUAGAAGGAAACCAUAUAUCAGCCGAGCCUUCGACUCCGAUAACCCGAAUAAGCAUCCACCCUAAGCACAACCAUGUAAUCCACUGUGUCUUAGGGUUCAAAAAUCCCAUCGACAUCACUGCCCUUAAAGACGAAUUAUCCAACUCCGUUAUGAUUAAAAUCCCAAGGUUCUCUAGCCUCCUAGUUGUCAACCCACAAAAUGGAACAGAACACUGGGAAAAAACCCAUAUUAACCUAGAUGACCAUAUCUUCAUCCAUCAAGAUGAUGACCAUGGUUAUGGCAAUGAUGAUGAUGCCAUCAACUCUUACUUGGCUGACAUGGCCAUCUCACCACCCAUGAACUUGGAUAAGCCAUUAUGGGAGCUACACAUCAUGCAUGAACACAAGUGUAUGAUAUUUAGAGCUCACCAUGCUGUGGCUGAUGGUAUGGGGUUGAUGUCAUUGCUAUGGACCAUGGGUAGCUCAUCAAUUAAGGACCAUCAUCAUCAUGAUGCCAUGGGCAUGUCAAAUAAAAAAGACAAUGCUUUUAAGAAGAAAAGGAGCUUAACAAAAAUAGGGUUAUGGGAAGGAUUAAUGUUUAUUUGGUUUAGCCUGAUUUUUGUGUUAAGGUUUAUAAUAAGGUGUAUGUGGGUGAAAGAUGAAGGGGGUGUGAUUAGUGGAAUUGAAGGGGUGGAGUUUUGGCCAAGGAAGCUCACUAUUGCAAGGUUUCUAAUUAGUGAUAUGAAGACCAUCAAAAAUGCCAUCCCAAAUGCGGGUGUUCCUGCAUCAAGUAAAAGAUACAAAAUGUGGCGGUUAGAACAUUCUCACAAGUGCAGCAACCAGCAACAAAAAAUACAGCAGCAACAACAACAAUAAUCAAGCAGCAGCAACAACAACAACAAUAAUCAAGCAGCAGCAACAACAAUAAUCCAGCAGGCAGCAACAUUGCACUAGUGCAGCAGCAGGGUAGCAGCAGAUCAGUCAGCAGCAUAUCAGUUCAUGCAGAUCAGUCAGCAGCAGAUCAGAUCAUGCAGAUCAGUCAGCAGCAGAUCAGAUCAGUCAGCAGCAGAUCAUUCGGCAACAGAUCAUGCAGAUCAUUCAGAUCAGAUCACGCAGAUCAGUCAGCAACAGAUCAUGCAGAUCAUUCAGCAACAGAUCAUGCAGAUCAUUCAGCAACAGAUCAGUCAGCGCAGAUCAGUUAACGCAGAUUAGUGCAAAUCAGCCUCAGAUCAGUCAACCCAUAAAUAAAAAAAUAAAAUUUUGUCGUACCAUACAACCCACCCACACAAUCACUCCAUGGAAAAGAUAACUAUAACAUUUUUGCCAAAACGCCUAGCUAGCAGAUAAGUUGCACGUAAACUAACAAGUUUUGUUACAAGAACAGAAAUGAAAUUGAUACAUACACAAUUACUAAUAAUCUACAUUAUUCUAAUUAACCGCAGUACGAGUACAUGUUUUUACAGCAAUAAGGUCUAUAAGUCCAUAACCUAGGAAAACAGCGCAACAACUAUUAAACCAGUAAAGCACAUCUAAAUAGCAAACAACACCAACUAACGAAACCAAAUUCCAAUCAUCAGUUCCAAAUGCCGUGAAAAUCAAACAUCAAGUAGCAACCACAAUAAAUCAAACAAUUCAGAUUUAAGCAUUAAUAAAUUAUCCUAGAAAAUUUGCAGAUUAAGAUUGAAUUCAACGUGCAAAUCGAGCAAUAAUUGUUGAAUGUGUGAUCUCACUCAAGAACUCAAAAACCACCUAAUCACGUGCAAAUCGUGCGUGUUCCUAGAAAAAGCCUCUAGGUAUCCACCCUAUUUUUCUAGUUUCUAUACUUCACAAUCGAGAACUCUGAUGGAAAUGAGCUAGGGUUAUUAGAGGAGAAACACCAAAACAAGGCGAUAAUGGGUCAAACAUUAUUGGUCUCUGCACUUGAUCUGAAAGUUCUUGUUUAGUUCUCAGCUCCAUCAAACUUUUCUUGAAACGACAUUCUCAACUACCAACAUAAGUUAAUUUUUGGUUGUUAAUUAACUUAUACUCCUACUUGAUGCAAAUAAGCAAGUUGGGUGAUUCCAUGUUGUUCAAAAUUUCGGAUUAUUCGACAAGAAGAAACACCUACUAUGUUAAACAUGUUAAAUUAAUGUCUAUAUCUUGAUAUUGAAAACCCUGUAAACUACUUUCGUAUACACUGCUAAUUUCAGACAGCUAAAUUUACACAUGCUGCUAAUUUCUUCUACAGAGAGGAGUUAUUAUCGUGGAUAAUACCCACAAACCAAAUAAGAAGCAACCAAUUUACCCUAGACGUGUAAAAAAGUUGGUAAUUAUCUACUGAUGCUAUAACAUAAAGCAUAUCUUUUUGCAAAUGGAAACUGGGGAUGCAGAAGAUAAGUUUGGAAUCUGGAAAAAUGUGGCUUUAAAAUUACGGAGUACAAAAAGUACUGAUUAAAGAAUAGCUCGAAGCCAGUAAU